UAAAAAAUAGUCAAAGUGGAUCUUGUUAGAUUUCUUUUAUACUAAAUAAUAUGAUUUUAUAAUUUAUUUUAUUUUUAAAAUGAUAUAAAUUAUGAAAAAUUAUAUUUUCUGAAAUAAAAUUAAAAUAUGACAAGGAUAAUCUUGUAUUUUCAAAAUAAAUUUUCGUAGAAGCUCCAAAUCGGAGCUUCUGCUUUUAUGUUACACAAAAGUACUUUUUGGCUUUUCAAUAGCCAAGUUUUUAGAGAUAUUUGGCCCGGCUUUUAGAAGGGCCGAUUCCUUUGAUAUCUAUGGCCACAGAAAAAAAAAAUUGCCCCGCUGCCUACUGGAUACAUUGGAAUGAUUUGGACGACAGGAAGGAACCUCCCAUAGCCCAACCGCCAAAAUGCUAACAGUCACAACCAGAGUCACGGGUGUGCCGGCGUCCCCCUCAUCCGACGCUGCCGCCGUAAAACCUAUCUCCGCAACGAACUCCCCAUUCCCACUUGAGCCCACAAAUCGGCGUCGCCUCCUUCAUGCGGCGGUCUCCCUCUCUGCCGCGGCGAUAACCCUGACUCUUCCCGCGGAAAUCGCCGAAGCCCGCGGCCUCUUCCAGAUGCCACCGUUUCGUCUCAUCAAUCGAUACUACUUGGUAAGAGCUGGGGAAUCUGAAUAUGAGGACAUGGGGAUAAUCAACACGAAUCCUGUUGCCAAAACAUCCGUCGAUAACGGUCUUUCGGACAAGGGGAAAAAACAGACUGUGAAAGCUGCUCUGAAACUCAAGGCCAUGGGAGCUUGUGACGAUGGCUGCUGGAUUUGGCCGUCUAUUACCCAGAGGGCCUACCAGGCCGCUGAAGUCAUAGCUGCAGUUAAUGGAAUCAGUAGGAGUUAUAUAGUUCCUGAGUAUAGCUUCUUGGAUGCUCGUGGGUUGGGAGGUUAUGAAGGCAGGAGCUUGGAAGUUGUCUCUGAGGUGUAUGCAUCAGAUACUGUUUCCCCAAGAAACAAGCCUCCUCCGAUAGACGAUGGAACACCGAGUGAGAGUGUCGAGGAUGUGUUUGUUCGCGUCACUCAACUCAUGUCGAUUCUGGAGACCCAGUAUUCUGGAGAGACAGUCAUAAUUGUGUCUCCCGAUUCUGACAAUUUAACAGUCUUGCAAGCUGGUUUAGUUGGCCUUGACCUUCGAAGGCAUCAUGAACUCUCUUUUGAGCCUGGGGAAGUUCGAUUUGUCGAUAUCAACAGUAUACCUGCGUAUAAGCAGCCUGCAUCUGCUGUAUAUAAAUGUCUAAACCCACCAAGUUGUACCUAAGAUUCCAACUGUGCGUUGAUUGAAGAGUUACAACUAGUAGCACGUUAUGCCAUCUUGUACCCAUAAUCAAUUCUGGUAUAUAUGCAUUCCUUGCAAAUUGUACAUGCUGCAUAAUUGACAUUGUGGUCUAUGUUCAAAUCUAAAAUCCUGUCAUGGGUGCUGUUAAAUGAGAAGAAGAGGCAUCUGUCACUUAGUCUCAUCUUUCUUUAAAGCUUAAACCAUUCUUGUCCAUGGGGACAUUUGGGUUUCUGCUGUAUGAUCUAACGCUUUUUGAGGACUUAUUGUUCUUAUCUAUUUUAUAGUCAAGAUUAAAACCCCAGUGGUUGAGUUUCCUCGUCUCUCCACAUCACGUGCUUCUCAUAUUCUUAAUUUGACAUUAUAUGAUAUGGCUAAUUCGUGUGGUAAAGUUAGAAUUUUUUUUGAAAUUUUUCAUAAAUUUAUACGAUAUUUUCAAAUGUCAAUAAAAGAUGGGUUAUUUUGAAAAAAGAAAUGUUAAACAUUUGA